UUGUACGUGAAGGAGCAGCACAUGAAGAAACGACAAACAUUUUAAAAAAGUUUGGCCUAAAAAACAAAUAUUAACCAUCAUAAUGAAUAAGUUGUUAAAAAGUGUACGUUCAGUUACUAACAAAAAAGACGAUUUAAUAAAACAGUCUAUAACCUCUCAGUUAUCUAACAAUGUUAAAGAAAUACAAUAUGCAGGUGUUGAAGAAAACAAAACUAAUAAAACAAUUAAUGUUUAUGAAGCAGCCAAUGCAUUGUGUACUACAAUUGAAGCUAUGUUACUUCAUGGACUUAAAGAUUCUUUAACGCAUCGUUUUAAACGAGCCAUUGCAGAUGUUGAAGAAAGACCUGAACCAAGUUUUUGGCCCCCGUUACUAGUCAUUUCCCAUCGACAAAUUGUCGAUCAAAUAACAAAUCUUUCUCAAAUAACAACUGAAGUGGGUCAAUGUAGGGCUUGGAUUAGGUUAGCAUUAAAUGAUUGCCUUCUGUCUUCUUACUUAAUGACAAUGCGUCAAGAUUCGUCUGCUUUAAAAUCCUUUUAUCGAAUUGAUGCCUAUGUACGCGAUGGAGAACUGUUAGAGGUCGCUCAGCGACUUAUCGAAGGAGUAGAAGCAUUCAAAACAUUCACAUUACCAUGCAAUUCAAGUCUUUUAAAUACUUGGCCAUUACCAAGUUUGUUCUUAGCAGGAAUAUGGGCGUCUACAUUGAAGGCUUGUCCGGUGGCACCUUGUGACGAUGUAGCUCAAUCUAUUGAUGAUUCGUCUGUACCUCCAUCUAUUCCCGAGACUAGUUCAGAAACAGCAUCAUUAAGUUCAGCCAUGUCUUUUACUUCUCAAAGUUCAGGUCUGAGGCAAAUUGUUGCAUUAACAGAAGAUGAAGUCUUAAAGAUAAUUUUAGCGAAAGACAAAGAACUGGGACGAAAUAACAAUUCACAGUCAAUGGAUGAGUUGAAAACAUCGAGUAGCUCAGAACAGGAAAAAAGUAGUGAAGUAGAAGGUGUUAGCUAUAAUGUAGGAAAUUCUCUGAAUCGUGCAACAGGUUGGUCGUUUGAUGAAAACCAGGAAGAGCUUAGUGAUAGUAAUGAAGACAUUUCGAAUGAGAAAAAUGGAAAUCAACCAAAGUCUAUGGAUACCAGUUAUAAUGCUUUGAUCGAAAGUUAUAACAUGCUUAGCGUUAUCAAAACUCCCGAUUUUAGAGAAGUGUGGCAAAAAUAUGAAGAAGAACGUAAAGGUGAUACUAGUCCUGAGGAUAAAUCAAUUGAUGAAGUAACGGAAAACAGAGGAAUUAUUUCUAAUGUACUUUUGACAAGAACUGAAUCAACUUCUUUGGCAGCACAAAUUGGUCAAAUUGCUAGGGAAAAGGGGUUGGAUAUACAAAAUUACGAGUGUGUAGAUUGCAAGCAACAUUUAGGUAUUACACAAAAGCCAAACAUUUGUGCUUUCACCGGAGACUACUUUUGCGACUUAUGUAUGAGUACCGAACAUGUGUCAAUCCCUGCAAGAAUUAUUCAUAACUGGGAUUUCAAAACAUAUCCGAUUUCACAAAAAGGACUGAAUUAUUUGGAUGAAAUAAAGGAUCACCCUACAAUAGAUUUUAAAGUACUUAAUCCAUAUGUAUACAGUGUGGUUGAAGAAAUGGCACAAUUACAAAUACUUCGCAAUCAGUUAAAUUUCUUGCGUGCAUACUUAUACACAUGUCGUGAACCGGUUAUUGAGCAAUUACAGAGGAAAAUGUGGCCUAGAGAAUAUAUGUACGAACAUAUCCAUCAAUAUUCAGUAUCGGAUUUGUCAGAAAUAACAAAUGGAUCUUUAGCGAAGCAGUUAGAAGAAGUUGUACAGUUCGGAAAAGAUCACGUAUCUAGUUGUUGGUUGUGCAGUCAAAAAGGCUUUGUAUGUGAAGUUUGCAACAAACCUAAGGCACUGUUUCCAUUUGAUGUGGAUAACGUGUACCGUUGUGACGUUUGCAAUGCUGUAUAUCACAAAAAUUGCCUUAACUCUUCAAAACCAUGCCCUAAAUGUGAAAGAAAGAAGAAGAGGGAGGAGCUACCCCUUCUUGGUGCUAUUGGCAUUGAAUAAUGGUUCCAUCAUGUAAAUAAUUUUUUUAUUACAAUUUCUUUUUAGCUUAUUCCAUAUGUUAAUUUGUUAUUGGUAAUUAUGGCUGUUGUGCUUUCUGAAAUAGAUUUUUUAUUCAUCA